AUGGUGAAAAAGCAGGACAUUGACACCAUCAUUCGGAGGUUGUUUGCUUUGAGCGCACCUAAGGUGCUCAUCACCAUCGUCCUUUUGCUCUCGUGGACUGAUCUUUUCCAGGGCCGUGACUAUAUUGAUACGAUAGAUUUCUUUGCUGGGGCUGCCCGUGUGGCCAAAGUUUCAAGGGCAGUUGGCAAGAGAGCGAUGGCGCUGGAUCUGUCUUACCAUGAGAACGAAGAUGUUUUCAAUAUCAACUCAUCACCUGGAUUUGCGCUUGGGCUCAUGGCCGCUUUGGAUGGAAAGAUGGAUCAAUUCUGGGCAGCUCUCGGGGUUUGCUGCUCAUCAUGGAUUGUGACUUCGCGAGGGAGCACCGGAAGAUCUUUUUUGGUUCCAAUGGGAAACCUAUCGUAUGAAAAGGUGAGGGCUGCAAAUGCCAUGGUGAGUAGGACAGUUUGUAUAUUGCUAGUCCUGGUGGCCUGUGGUGCAACUUGGUUCCUAGAGCAGCCAAGCUCGUCCUUGCUACCUCGCCACGCCCGAUUUCAGUGGACGAUCAGAGUUUUCCAAAGAUUGCAUAUCCGAGUCUUCUUCCAAACAUUUUGGAUGAAGUGGUUCGACCAUCCGACACCGAAGCGAAGCAUUGUCUUCAGCACGUCGGCGUGGAUCAAGCAGUUGGACCAAGGAUCACUGAAAAGGAAACAGCUUAAGUCAGAGGUCUCCACCACAGACCGCUAUGUGAAUUCCAAGGGCGAAACGAAGUUCAAGGGGAGCAAACACCUCAAAUCAACCCAGCUCUACACGUGGCGCUAUGCUGCUAAGAUCGUGGAGCUGGGGGAUGCAAGCGCAAAAGAAGACAGGGACCCUGUUCCCAAUGUAGAUUGGGAUACACCUUUGAUCGACCUCUACGCCAACUAUCCAUGGGGUGACCUGUGGGCGGAGGGUGACCUUCUGAGUGUAGUGAGAUACCUGCGUGGGAGCAAGAAGUUAAAGCUGCCAAAUGAAUGGCGGUCGGUUUUACCGGAGUUUGUAGUUGAUGAACCAAUGGAGGACUGA